GACGCACCCUGUAGUGUACUUGGUGCAGAGUAAACAUGAGGCAUAACCAGACCUGCUGUCAGACUCCCACUGCUGUUACAGUUUGUCUGAAAUCCGGCGCUAAAGUGCAGCAGAAGAAAAAGAUUCAGACAAAGCGUCCAGUAGCUACUGAAACUCCAGCAUUAACUGAAAGAAAUGGUCACAGUAAUAAAGGAAUUAAACGCCUAAAAGGCCCGGGUCUGAUAAUACAGCGCAAAGAAAUGACAGCUUUUUUUAAGCUUUUUGAUGAUGACUUGAUCCAGGAUUUCUUGUGGAUGGACUGUUGUUGUAAAAUUGCAGACAAGUAUCUCCUGGCUAUGACCUUUGUUUAUUUCAAGAGAGCAGGAUUCCACAUACACGAGUAUAACCGGAGGAACUUCUUUGCUGCGCUGUAUUUGGCGAAUACGGUUGAGGAGGAUGACGAAGAAUCCAAGUACGAAAUCUUUCCUUGGGCCCUAGGGGACAAAUGGAGGAAGCUUUACCCAAAUUUCCUUAGGUCAAGAGAUGAACUGUGGUCAAAAAUUGACUAUAGAGCAGCAGUCAGCAGGCGUUGUUGUGAAGAGGUAAUGGCAAUUGCGCCGAGCCAUUAUAUCUGGCAGAGGGAGCGCUCAGAGCACCACAGCGGAGCAGCUAGAAACUACAGUAAAUACGAUGUCUAUCUGCCCCGGGGGCCUUCUGCUACCCCGCUGGACUGCCCUGUCUGUGGUAACAAAGGGAGGCUGAUGGAGCUGGGUUUGUCCACUUCAUCUUCUGCCUCUUCCAGCACCACAUUUCAGGUAAACGAACACAUUUUACCGCAGGAUUCUUUACAGUCGUCGGGGGAGAACAUGGCGAUUGAUCCACAACCCAGCGGCAUUAAUAGAGAACCUCAUGGAACCCACGUGCGGAAGGGACCGUGCUCCGCGCCAGACAGAUCCAUGGAGUGGUUUACACAUAACGAAGAAUAGAUUCCCAGCAAUACGGGGCGGCGCUGUGUGGAGAUGUUAAACCUAUAUAUACAAUUCUCUCCAACUGAUGUUUAUUACAGAGGAUUAAAUAUGUUCAAAGUA